AUGGAUCCAGAGCGCGUACGAGUCAUUCGGGAGUGGGAGAAACCCAACCCAGGAGAUGUCCGCGCGGUACGGAGAUUCCUGGGGUUUGUCAACUUCUAUCGACGAUUCUGCUUAGGAUUCAGCAAGGCCCUGAAGGACCUCGUUUCGAAGGAGCCAGUCCUCGCUCAUUUCGACCCUGAGAAGGAGACGGUUGUGGAGUGCAACGCGAGCGACCCGCAACAAGGGGAGGAUGGAGAACUCCAUCCUGUGGCAUUCUUCUCAACAAGUAUGGCACCAGCAGAGCGUAAUUACGCGAUUUACGACAAGGAACUGCUGGCUAUUGUCCGUUGUUUCGAGGAAUGGUCGCCGGAGCUACGCUCGCUAGGAGAGGAUCCUGUCCAAAUACUCACAGAUCACAAGGCUCUGGAGUAUUUCAUGUCAACGAAGAAGCUGACACGUCGGCAAGCACGCUAG